GAGUAUCUCGGAUGUGAGUACAAAAAAAUCUCCUCUAAUCCGAUCGCCUGCGCAGGGAUCAGCCAGCCGAGAUUAAAUGAGCCGUGCCGAAUAAUAUGCUCUGAACAGGACUCAGAACCGAGUCUCUCGCUCGGGCGAGCGAAACCGUGAACGAGAGGAGGUGUUCAUUUUUAGCAGCGUGUGCGUCCUUAUGAGCCACUCCGCGAGGCGGCCGUAGAGAGAAACGAUCGAGCAGUGGCAGGCCGACCACGAAUUGCCAUUGCCAUUGCCAUUGUCAGAAGGCUCGUCCCCGCCUGCAUUCGGAAACCCGCGAAGUUCAGCUCAGCGCAGUGUGAAAGCGGACAGAAAGUCGCUCGAAUCCGGGGAUCGUCGAUAGAGACGCCAUUCAGAAAAGAACGACCGGAGGCCUGGCCGCGGACCGACCUCCUCCCCGUCGGAUGAAGACACACGACACCAUUACGACACACCUCGCUCUCAUAAGCUGACUGGAUAGGCUGACUGGCUGACUGGCUGCCGGGUUUCACAUGUCAACGGUCCGAUUGGCUCCCCGAUUCAAGAUCUCGGCCUGGCUACUUGGCAAGGCAAGGAGAGGGGGAGGGGAGGCGGAUUUGUGCAGAGGACGGGGCGCUAGAGAUCAGGACAUCUUCGAGGGGCAUGUGAGUGCCUAGAUUCGAGUGGAGUCGGCCUUCCGGAGAUCGGAAGAUGGCGGGCUGCGGAUUGCUCGCGUCGAUGCAUUUAGCUUGUAGUGGCUCUUAUUCUUUCAAUCCGCGGGCACGAUUGGUGAAAACGCCAUUGCUGUCGAAUUCGGGGGUGCGUUGUGGGGGGCGAGGAGUGAGCGGGAGAGGCUGUAGCAGGUCUGUGCCUUGUGGCGGUAGUGGGUUUGAGUCUCGAUUGUUGAGGAGUUGGGCGCCGACGACGCGAUGGAAUUCGAGGGGAUUUUUGCAGUUGAGAGCGGCGGGCGGGAGCUCUAAUGACAGGAGAAAGAAGGGACCUUCUUCCAAAGAUGGGCCUGGCAAAGGGAGCCCCGAGAAGAAGGUGGACCGUAAGCAAAGAGAUAAUGUGUGGAGUUCUGAGGAGCCUCAGCGAUCGGCGAAAUCGUCAGCGAAGAAGGGGAGUGAGGGAAACAAAGGCGGGUCUAAUAAAAAUGGAAAGGGAGGUUCUCGGCCUCGUGCUUCUGAGAGCUCGAAAAAACCUCCAGUUCCGGCGGAGAAGAAGAUCUCCCAUGAAGAGGAAGACCUUGAAUUUCUGAAAUAUUUGUCGCCACCACUGCCAAUUGAAAGUGAAACGGUGCUUCAUCCCGAGGAAAGCUUUGCAAACCCACUGUGGAGCACAUUCUGCAGCAGUACUUCAGGAGUGUGGAGGGGUGUAGGGGCAGCCUUUUCCCCCAUAACGGCCGAGUUAGAAGCUCUGUACUUGAAUAAGCAGAAAGAGUACCUCUAUGACGCUCGUAUACUAAACACCGUAGAGGUUGUUAGAAAAACUCAGGACGGAGAGCAACUGCCACUGGAAAAUCAUUAUCUCAAUCGAAGAGUGCUCUGGUCCCUCGAGAACCCACUCGGGGAAAAGGGUCUAGGUCGGGUGAGGGUAGCAGAGGAUGCAGAGGAAGAGAAUGCAAGACUCAGUUCCUUCUUUCGAAAGGGCACUCCUUACAUCGGAGGAACGUCCCAUUCCGUGGACGAUGGCGAUGAUGAUGAUCUGGGGUACUGGGAUGAAGAAGAAGACACUGAGGACGACGGAGAUGAGGCUGUGGAGUACGAUGCUGAAUGGGAGUCCAUAGUAGGAACUGCAGAGGACAUCGAUACUAGAUGGAUAAAUGGGAAACCAGACAACUUAGACGUCAUGCCAGAGCUGAAGGUAGAUGUGGGCACCAUUCGUGAGGAUGGUAAGGAGUGGAGAGCGAUGUGGAAUCGUGGAGAGGUUCUGGAAGGUGACUGGGAACGGUUGGCUUCGCCUGCUGGGGAAAUGGAGAACGGAAUCAAUGGUUCAAAGUACUCCAGUGAGGCCUACGCUGCUCCUCUUCUCCCACCGAACCCAGCUGGACCUACUUAUGCUCCGGAGCAUCUGACAGACGCGUUGGGCACAACUUGGGCGGAUGUAAUGGAAGAAGACGUCAUGGAGCAGGAAGAAGGUCUCGUUUACUUUGAGGAUGGCUCCUAUUCAAAGGGACCCUUGGAGCUCUUGACUGAAGCAUCCACAAGUGGCCGAGAGUACUUCAAUGCUUACACUUGUAAAAUCGAACAGUGUCUGGUGGCUGGCGGUCAUAAACGACUUCGCAUCGUGCACACCGUCUCCGUCGAGAGCGAAGGCGAACAAGUGGAGGUUCUUCGAGUGGCUGUGUACGAGGAAGAAUGGAUGGGGCCGUGCAAUAUGAAGUCUAUUAGUGACGCUGGAGGUCAGCAGCUCAAGCUCUUCUCAGACAGGCCUCGCCAUUCGCCCCAUGAGCUGGUCGGAUCGUGGAAGGUGUUCGAGAAGGAAGCUAUGGCAUAUCACCCGGCCAAGGACUCCUCCGAGAAACCAUCCUUCGUGCACUCCUGCAGGGAAAUAGCUGUGACGAGGGGAGAACCCGAAAUGCCCGAAGAAAGCCCAGACUACAGUCCCGAAACUGACGACGAGCCCGUGGACAUGAGCGAAUUCAGUAUGCUGUGGCUGACUGGAGGUGUCUCCACUUACGUAGAAGUGAACGAGACCGGAAUGUUGACCUUCGGGGUCGGUUGGCUGUCCGGAAACGGUAGCAGGCUGGUCAUGGAGAGAGUAUAUAGCGAAGACGGUAAGCUGCUGCAUGUGAAAUCCAAAACUGAGAUUGAGGCCUCCCUCGGAGUUCCUAUGUAGGUUUGCUUUGGAACGAAAGUACUACCACGAUAUGAUGAGCAGCCGCACUCGACUACAAAAUACAGAUGAACGCAAGCAGUGCCAGCCGGUUUCUUAUCAAUACUGAAAACACAACUUUCAUUUGUAAAGUAGGUCAGAAACAUUCUUUGGCUCUAAGUCCUGAAUGAAAGUUUCAUUCAAUAAUCAAGAAAUACGGGGAGCCCCUGAUUCAACUCUUCGCCAGACGAAUAGCCACGCAAAUGUAGAUCACUAAUGGGGGAUGGGGGAUUUCCAUAGCUGUAGGCAAGAAAUAAUAUUAUUUUACUAUUUUGACCUCUUCGAAUACUGGAGACAUCUCACAGAAGAGUUGUGUAUCUCCCUGCAUCGUCGUGAGUUUACCAGUCCAAGCGUUGAGCGUGCUCCGUGUUUUUACUUCGAGUCAGUCUU